UCCACAUUGGUACAGGCGGCACUUUCUGUACCCACGUUAUGAUGCAAUUCCAACAGAGGGUCAGAUGACGCCUUAUCGCUGGCAACCCUGAAUACCAACUCAUCGAGCGAGUUGUACUGAUAUGUCUGUCCGUUGGACGCUUCUGAGUUCGCUCAGCACCAAGGCGAGGUCGUCUCACUGCGCGACAGUAACCUCGCGCGGCCAGCUUCUGCUCUAUUCUGGCGAACACCACCCACGAAUCCCGGUCGACGGAUCUCUCCAUGUUUUUGAUAUCGAAGCAGCGUCUUGUUCUUCUCUGGAGAAAAACAAUAACAGCUGGCGCGUUCUCAGCUCCGCCGCUGCAUCUUCCAAGCCAGGGCAAGCCCCUGAGCCUCGUGUCGGCGCAACAAUCGCCUACGAUGCCCAUUCCGACACACUCUAUCUAUGGGGUGGCCGGGGAGGCGUAAACAUGUCUCCUCUGGAUCGCUUCCAAUCGGGUAUCUUUAAAGCAUCCGUUGGAGAUCAGGCCCUCAGGGACAUCGAUCAGCUCAUUUGGGCGAGGCUCGAAUCUACCAACGAUGAUUCGGGAGAAGCACCGGCUUUGAGGAGCUAUCACGCCUCAGCGCUCAUAGGGGGUAAGCUGUAUAUCCAUGCGGGUUGCCCAUCCGUGGGUCGUCUCGCAACAUUGCACGCCUAUGAUCUGGUGUCCAACACCUGGAAACAAUGUGCCGAUGCUCCAUGCGAACCUCGUGGAGGGACAUCUAUCGCGCUCAUCACAUUCCCUUCUGUACAAGAGCAAGUGGUCAUCAGGUUCGGCGGUUUUGCUGGAUACGAACUACCGAAUGUGACCCCGCCACCGCUCGACGUCUACAUACCAUCCGCUGAUACCUGGUUGACGCUCAUACCGUCUCCCGAUCCGGCCCAUGGUUACCCAGGUCCCCGCUCUGUAUGCGGACUCGUCCCAUUCGUGGUGCCUUCCUCCACUUCCAUGGAUGGUAAUAACAAAAUUCCCGUUGCGCUACUUUACUACGGCGAGAAAGAUCCCUCAUCGCUGGGCCACGCCGGCGCCGGCGAAUUCUGGGACGACGUGUGGGCCCUCGUUGCGUCCCCUGGUCCCUCACUUGAGAACAUCACAACUGAAUGGAAGAAACUUGACACAGUUGGAUCCGAGAAACCGGAACCACGUGGUUGGUUCCCAUCUGCUUCAUACGUCACCCCCGAAGGCAAAACUCGCAUCAUCCUGACGGGUGGUUUACUUUCGACGAAUGAGCGCAGUAGUGAAGUUUGGGUUGGAGACGUCCGGCUCUGAUGCUCAAGUACGUGAUUGUUGCUCGCGAGUUUCGCUGUUAUUUUCUUUUCCCAUGAUCCUAAACAUAUGCCGUACCUUCGAGAGCAGCUUCCUCCAUUCUAUGUAUGUCCCGCAGCGUACAUACUCAUUGUUAAUGUACCUGUUCAAUGAAGAAUAACAAUCCUCCUGAUCGAUGAUCGCACUUCAUCGAUAAAGAAAAAUGGAUUCCCUUGUUCUUGUUUCGAUACAGUAUCCAUGACUCAAUACAAG